UCGUCGUCAGGCACCCCAGAGUGGGAUUGGAGUAAGUUCGAGGGCGGGUCCGGGCGUGGAGGGGUUGAAAAUGUCAGCGGGGAAGCAAUCGCCACCAGCGACAAGCCUUGUGAAACACAAGUACCUGGAGUGUGGCAAGCAGUUCCUGCCGAGGUUAAGGCUACCACGAAGGCAAAUGAGCCUGCACGGGACAUGGUACUCACUGGGGCACCAAUUCUGUGCCCCCUGAUGUUGCCACCAAGAACGCGAGGCCGCAUACGGCUCACGGCCUCAGAGAAUCGGACAUUACUAGGGGGCGAGGAGAUGCUGCCCCGGUUGUUGCUGGCGCUCGCGGAAUGA